AUGCUCCGAUAUUUCGUGUUUUUAUCAAUAAUUGCCAUGGCAGCCGCUCAUUACGGCUAUGGUGGUUAUGGUGGUUAUGGAGGAUAUGGUUAUGGAGGAUAUCCAAUGAUGGGCUACGGAGGUUAUGGAGGAUAUCCGGGGUACGGAUAUUCCCCAUAUGGUUACGGUGGAUAUGGUGGCUAUGGAGGAUACCCAGGAUACGGAUACAGAGGAAGAGGUUUCAUGCGAGGUCUUAUGAUGGGAAUGAUGAUGGGA